AUGGCAGCCCGCACGAAGCCCGCGGCUGCGCUCGCCACGUGCAUGCUGUGCUGCAACACGAUCGACAACGUGUCUCGCUUCAACACUGUCGGCGUGUGCAACCACACGGGGUGCUGCAGUAUCUGCGCGCUGCGGCUGCGCCAGCUGCUCGGCCAAUCCGCGUGUGUCGUGUGCAAGACCGACAUGCCGCGCGUGAUCUGCAUCGCGCACGAAGACGAGAGCUUCGCGUCGUUCCAGGACUGGGGCGACAACAUUGGCCCAGCGCACGUGUUCGACGAGGCGUCGGCCAUGUUCUUCUACACGCACGACUACGCGACGCGCGUGCACGAGCUGCGCGACCCGCUGUGUCCCAAGUGCGCCAAGCAGUUCGCGACGCCCGCUGCCCUGCGCACGCACGUGCUGGACGUGCAUGGACUGCAGUACUGCAGCAUCUGCAUCGAGCACAAGCAGGUGUUUCUCCAGGAGCUCGAGCUGUUUACAAAGGACGGCCUCAAGCGACACAACACGCGCGGCAAGACGCGGGACGGGUUCCUCGGCCACCCGCGAUGCGACUUUUGCUUCCAGCGGUUCUACUCGACCACCGAGUUGUACGAGCACUUGCGCAAGAACCACUUUGAGUGCGACAUUUGCCUCUACGAGCUCCACGUCCAGAACCGGUACUACAAGGACUACAACGACUUGGAGAACCACUUUCGCGCCGAGCACUUUCUCUGCGAAGAGCGCGAGUGCCGCGCGAAGAAGUUUGUCGUGUUCAAGUCCCAUUUGGACUUGCAGGCCCACAUGACGGUCGACCACCCGCACAUGAAGACGAGCCGCAAGAUUGACGUGCACUUUACCGUGCGACGGGCAGGUCAGGGCGACGCACUUGACGCUGGCGAGGGCAGUGUGUGCCAGCAGCAGCAGCAGCACAUGUCGGGCAACCGCACGAUCAACGUGGCCGACUUUCCGUCGCUCUCUGCAUCGGACAGCGCUGCGGCCGGUCCAUCGUUCUCGUUGUGGGAAAAUCAGACUGUGUCCCACCGGUCGACGGCUGAGGACUUUCCCGCCCUGGCAUCGAGCUCGUGUUCAAACAGAGGUGGCUCGACUUUUCGAAACGCGCUCGCGCCACCGCCUUCAGCAGCUCUUCGCGCGCAUUUGAGCACGAACGGCUGGGAGUACGCGAGUGCAGACAUGGCUUCCGCUGCUGCAGUGUUAGGCGCGAACAAUCCACUGCUGGGGGUGCUGAAACCGGCUCGGAAGAACGGCAAAGGUAGAAAAAAGGGUUGGAAAGCAGGUGGCGGUUUGGAAGACAAGCUAACUGCUGCCGCGAGUACAGCAGACGAAGACAAGUCAGAGUUGGAGGAGGAGGACGAACCUGUAGGUCCUGCACCGUCUAAGACUGCAGUGGUGCUCAAGAUCCGCCAGGUGCUGGGUAGCGAUGCGAAAUACGAGGUCUUUCGCGAACACUGCAAGCGAUUUCGCUUGGCGGCGAUGGAAGUUGCGGACUUUUACGCCAAGAUGCGUGACAUGUUUUCGCCUGCUGACUUUUCGCAGCUUUUCCUGCCGCUGAUGCGACUGUCCCCUGACAAAGAGCAAGUCGGAACGUUCUUUGCGUAUCACAAGCAAUGCAACAAACAGCGCGGAAAGACCGCGUGUUUCCAGGAAUCCUCGUCGAAGCGAGAUAAGAAGGCUGCCAAGAAGCAGCAAUCGGCACUUGAGCGGCAGCCACCGACUCCGCGCCGAAAACAGGACUUUCGUCAGCCGUCAGUACCGGCGCAAUCUGGCUGGGGAAACGCUAUGAAAGGAAUUGGCGUGAAGUCAGCUGCUGGACGCGAACCUGCUGCAGUCGUGCACAAUACAGAUAUGCGCGCGAUGGUGGGGCGAGAUCCUCAGCCGACUGCAACUUGGAGCUCGUCUGCGAGCUGGCAGACGCCACCACCAGCCGCGUCCAGAGGGUCUGCACGUCCAUUGUCAGGUCGCGCGUCAAUGGGCACGGAGCCUCCGACUGUUCCGACCGAUUCGUUCGCUGGUUUGGGUGUCGCGUCGUCGUCGCCAUCGUCGGCGAGGAUCAGUGCUGCAGUGCCAUCCUACGCGUCGAGUUCCUUCGCGGCGCCCCGUGAGAUUACGGCGCCCCCUGCAGCAACAAGUUUUAAGUCUGCUAAAAGCGACUUUCCCGAGCUGCCGAAAGCUGCCAAGCCCGUUGGUAUGCAGCCCGUGACGCGCGCGACGUGGGACGAUCAGGUGCAGGCAAUAGCGCAGAACCGCGUUUCGCAAGCUUCUGGCGAUGGCCGCAGCAAUGGCAAGAAGAAGCAAAAGAAGAAGACAAUGUCCCUUCAGGAAAUGGCCAUACACUUUGGGUAA